AUGCACACAGUAUAUCAUUGGAAACCAAUUCACAGAACACAAGUUCAAGUCGAAGUUGUCGGUGGUGCGGCCAUUGCCUUUGGAAGUGAUCACAUUGGGUUUCUUGCUGACCUUUAUCACGUCUUCAUAGUGCUCCCGCAUGUUGCCACCCAAAGCUUGGCCAGUGGUAAAAGUCUUGUUACAGACGUUGUAUUUGUGAAUCCUACCGCUUGGGUUGAGAUAAGAGAUAUUAAAGGUGUUGGUGAUUGCAGUAGUGGAGGCGAAUUGAGACCGAUCACGGUGGCUGGUUUUAUGGCCCCCGAGUGCUUGGUAUGA